AUGCCAUUCCACAAGAAUCAGGCUGGAAUGUUGAGGUUGUGGAGUGGUGCAAGUCUGAAGCAGACAGACAAUGACUACAGGAAGGUGAUUGUUGGGACUGCCUUAUUAUAGAUGAAAUGAAGAUACAGGUUCAUUGACUUUUAUUGCCUUAUAUACAGUAAGAAAAACUUUUAAUAAUUUUUACUGCACUUUGCUUGGUUGAAAUUAAAUUCUGACCUGAUAGAUAAUCCAAGCAGGGUCUGAAAUUUAAACUUUUUCUGAGUAUCCAAGGAUUCAAAGUUAUAAGUAUUAUACAUUGUCCCACCCAAAUACAUUUCCAUAUCUCUCACUGUUACAAAUUACAAUAAAAACAGGAGACUCUUGAAAAAGUCUACAACUAAAUAAUUCAUUAGUACAGUCCAAUAAAAUGCACAUAAUCCUUCAACCAAAUUCUGUACUAAUUCCCCCCGGCUAUUUACACCUGGGGAAACAAAAGCAUUGGCCAAGUCUAAAGUUCAUCAAUGAGUGGUCAUCCUCACUGAUCUCAAAAAUAUGGCGGACUGUUAUGAAUAGCGGACACUGAUUCGUCCAAUUUAAAGUUUGCAUUAUAAUGACUGUCAGUCGCAUGACGACAGCGAAAAAUAGCAAACAUUUCUUGAUUUGAUGAUUGAUAAAUUUCUUGCAAAUACAUUUCAUUUUUGCUCGCAUUUUUGCAAGAUUUUGUAAAUUUCAAGAAAGAAAGGGCGAAAUAAUCGGCUAAAAGAAGGGAGCCGACGUUAACAAAGGUAAGCUUGUUUUAAAUAUUGAUUUUAUAAUUGCUUUAAAACCCGACGGUCUUUGGCCCUUUGCGUAUAUGAAACAACUAAACAGGACGUACAGCAUAUAAUUUCAGUGUAUUAUUAAUAUUGAUUCCCUUUUUUAUUAUAUUGAAUUUUUUAAAUAAAAAAGAAAGCAAAGUUAUUUGCAUGCGAGAAUUUGAAAUCAUUUUAUUGCAAACUCAAAGUUUAUUGACAAAGCCAUUUAAUUAAAGGCAGUUUAGUUUUAUAAAGAACAUUUUAAAACGUUUUGCGAAGCUUUUUUGGUUGAAUUUUACCUUAAAUAGAAGCUUAUAUUACAUAUAAUAACAUACCUAACAUAUAUAUGUUGGGAAAUUGAUAAUUUUGUAAUUAAAAGUGAUAUUUUAGGCGAUUUUUCAUUUGUAAGCAUAUUCUUAAAAAAUUAUCAUGUUACCAUGACAACAACUUUGGAUACUUCAUGUUCGGAAAAUACAAUGGUUUUGUCAGCAAGGCGAGGGUUUCUGCAUGCAUGUAUUUUCUAGUAAUUUUAUUUAAUUAACAAUCUUAUUUGUAGGAAGACCUGCAAAUGACAGUGAGCAAUGGUGUUCACCAAUUGGUUGGACUUGUGUCAACAGGUCAAAUAUUUGAUGAAAUGAAUACAAUAUUGAAAG